UUGCUUAUUUUACCUUCCAGAUCAUAUGUAAAAAAAAAACCUGAUUACACUGAUCAUCCGCAAAGAUAUAGGCCGUCAGUCCUUGUUAAAACCUUAAGGGGUUUUCAGUUUUCUGAUGGUGACCCUAUCUUCAAAGGGGACAUUUUAGUAAGACAGUUAGGUCUAGAGUUUUAUCCGGGUGAAAAUGUAUCACUUAACUCUGAAACUUGGGAUAUUGUUGCUAAUUGUAAUGGACGCUUUAUGAUAACAACGGAAGAGUUGUCACCCUACCCUGAUAGUCCGUUAUAUGCUACUGUUAAAUCUGGAAAUGUUAUUAAGAAGCAUUUUGUUCACGUUAUAGAAGAAGAUUCAGCAACUCCAUCAUUCAUAGCCGUUCGCGAACUCUAA